AUGGGAAGAAAAAUCACUCUUAUUUCACUUUUCAUUGCUAUAUCAGUGAUAAUGUUAAAUUUCUUUUCUUGUUCAUUUCCAACUCCAACUGACGGAGGUGUUGUCAGUGCUGGUCCUGGUGGUAUUGGUGGUGGUAUUGUUGGCGGUCCCGAUUAUUUCGUUGCUGAUAUUGGUCAUCCCGGUGGUCCUGUUGAACAUGACUAUUGUCCUCCACGUAAGCCUGGAUGUUCUUUACCUAUGCAUGAUUAUCCUCCAAGUCCCAUCACUGAUGAUAGAGUUUACGGUAAUGAAUGGCAAAUGG